AUGCUCUUCCUCCGCCAGAUAUGGGCGCUCACCUGGAAGAACAUACUCCUCAUCCUCUACCGCCAUCCAUUCACCACUCCACUGCGUGCCUUCCUCCUACCUGUCAUCUUCGUCGGCUUCCUUUCCUACGCUCGCAAUCUUUUUCUUCCGCCAUCGCGGUACGGCAUUGGCACGGCUGAGCCUAUCAGAUCUUUCCAUGAUGCUUUGGGCAUCAGCGAUGGCAGUAGAGAGACUGUUGCAUUCGUGAACAAUGGCUUCACAGGUGGCAAUAUACAAAAGAUCAUAGAUGAGGUCGCUGGCAUCGCGAGGACCUCUGGGAAGACUGUACAAGUACUGGGUGCAGAGACCGACUUGCUCACAACAUGUCGAAGCUCAAUUCGUGGCGUAUCAACUUGCUUUGCAGCAGCAGUGUUCUAUGCCUCGCCAGAUGAGGGGCCUGGUGGGAUGUGGAACUACAGUCUUCGAGCAGAUGGAGGCCUGGGGUCGAAGAUUGAUGUCAAGAAGUCGACGAACGACGCCGAGAUAUAUGUCCUACCUCUCCAACAUGAGAUCGACUUUGCUAUUGCACGACAAAAUUCUACCAUCGACCAAUCUGCCUUGCCUCAAGAAGUCUUCCAAUAUCCUUUCACGAACCUCAAUCAGGACGAGCGUGAUGACCAGAUCCGGACGCGGUACAUGAGUGGUAUUGUUCAGGUGCUUGCAGUCGCAUACUUCAUUGGCAUGGUGGGGGUCGUAUAUCAACUCGUUGGACUCAUAGCUUCCGAAAGAGAGCUGGGAAUGACACAAAUAAUCGAGGCCUCGAUGCCAAAUAGAAGGAGAUGGGAACCACGAAUCAUACGGUACAUCUCCUAUCACUUGGCCUUUGAUAUCAUGUUCGCGGCAGGCUGGGUGGUCAUUGCCUUGGUCCUAGGCUUCGGUAUAUUCCAGAAGACAUCGAAGGCCAUACUCAUCAUCUUUCACUUGCUUGCAGGUUUCUCACUGUCCUCCUUCUCCAUUUUCGGGGGUGCUUUCUUUCACAAAGCACAGCUCAGCGGUAUCUCAACGACCAUAACGGCUUUGCUACUUGCUGUAGUCGCGCAAGUGGCAGCGAAAGCAAGUACUGGUGCAGUGGCCGUCCUCAGCCUACUGUUCCCACCUAUGAACUAUACAUACUUUACUAUCUUGAUGGCUCGUUGGGAACGCCAAGACAAAGGGGUCAAUCUCGUCAAGGCGGCACCUGAAAACCCAUCGACGCUGCCAGGUAUCGUCUUCUGGGUCCUUCUCGUCGUGCAGAUUGUCGUAUUCCCAAUACUCGCAUACUUCAUUGAAGGCGGCCUUUACGGUACCGCUUCAAAGGGGCGCAUGCUCAUGAGCCAUUCCGAAGAUCAAGGAGCAGCUGUCCGUAUGUCAAGCUUUGUCAAGCGAUAUAAACCUUCUUGGUGGGCUCGUAAUGUUGCUAGUCGACUUGGCAAGACUAAAGAGACUGUCGUCGCGGUCAAUGAGCUUGAUUUAGAUAUAGCUCAAGGUCAAAUCAUGGUCUUACUUGGCGCGAACGGAUCCGGGAAAUCGACCACAUUGGAGGCCAUAGCUGGGCUGAAUCCCGUUACCUCCGGCACCAUUGAAGUUGAUGGCCAAGGUGGAAUCGGUAUUUGCCCCCAAAGAAAUGUUCUUUGGGAUCGCCUCACCACUUUAGAGCAUGUGCAGGUUUUUAACAGACUGAAAUCCACCGGCGCUAUCUCCACAAAAGAAGAAAUGCAGGCUUUGAUACAAGACUGUGACCUUGACCGAAAAAUCAACUCUCAAGCGCGUCAUCUCUCGGGCGGUCAGAAACGUAAGUUACAACUGAGUAUGAUGUUCACCGGCGGGAGCAAAGUCUGCUGCGUUGAUGAAUGCUCAAGUGGUGUCGACGCUCUUGCUCGUCAAAAGCUGUGGAACAUUCUUUUGAAUGAGCGGGGGAAGCGAACAUUCAUCUUCACGACUCAUUUUCUAGAUGAAGCCGAUCUACUGUCCGAUCAGAUUGCUAUUUUGUCAAAAGGACGUCUCAAGGCUCAAGGUUCGGCCGUCGAGCUGAAGCACAGACUAGGCGGUGGAUAUCGUAUCCAUAUCCUCAAAACGCCUGGCGAGAAAUUGGUUCUACCUGCUUUUGAAGGGUUUCACAAACAAGAGACAUGGGAUCGGGUCACCUACACCCUGCCUGACUCAAAACAGACCGCUGAUUGCGUGCGGCAGCUGGAAGAGAUGAGUAUUAAGAAGUACGAGAUUAGUUCGCCUACCAUCGAGGAGAUCUUUUUCAAUGUUGCCGAAGACCUGCAAGAAGUUGUCCGCUCGGCACCCAAUCUUCAGCGUCUAGCUUCGAACACUGGGGACACGAAGACUGAAGCCGUCGCACUGACUGAAUCAAAAGCCAGCAGAGACGGUGCUGGUCUCCAGCUUCAGACUGGAGCUCAGAUCGGUGUCUUUAGCCAAGCAUUUGUUCUCUUCAGAAAGCGAUUUACUGUCUUCCAGCGAAACUACCUGCCAUAUGCUGCAGCACUUUUUAUACCUAUUGUGGCUGCUGGCCUAGUGACCCUCUUCUUGAAAAACUUCACGCUACCUGGCUGCUCGCCCACGGACCAGGUCUAUAAUCAGGACAUAUUCUCUUUAUUAUCACAAGAUCAGUACGAAAUUCCUGUUGGACCAACAUCCAGACUCGCACCGGAUUCAGCGAGUCGAAUUGAGUCAUCUCUGCCUGGAGGUAAUCGCACUAGUGGUGGGAACGACGGCUCUAGCGCUUUUAAUUCUGCCCUGAAACCCAUAGAGGGCUUGGACGCCUUCAACGAGAACAUCGCGCAAAGAUACAAGAAUGUCACACCAGGGGGCCUCUUUCUUGGGGAUGGCACCGCUCCGCCUACCUUCGCAGUGAAGGGUAAUACUGGUGGGGGUUCCGAAGACAUCGCGAAGGCUGCUAUCACACAGAAUCUCUUUGACACCUUGAUCACAAACAUAACCAUCAGCAGCCAGUAUGCAUCUUUCGAUGUGGCGUGGGCGCCAGGAACGGGCAAGACCUUGCAACUCAUCACUUACUUUGGACUUGCCAUGGCGGCUUACCCGGCCUUCUUCGCCCUUUAUCCAACGCUCGAACGCCUCAGAAGUGUGAGGCAGCUUCAUUACAGCAAUGGCGUUCGAUCUGUUACCCUGUGGUCUGCCUAUGUCACCUUCGACUUCAUGAUUGUCCUCGCGGCAAGCGUGAUCUGCAUUGCUAUCUUCCGCGGUGUGAGUGACCAGUGGUACGCACCAGGAUAUCUAUUUAUCGUCCUCUUCCUAUACGGCUUAGCUUCCACGCUUUUAUCCUACGUAAUAUCCCUCUUCGCGAAAUCACAGCUCUCUUCUUUCGCCUUUGCAGCAGGCUAUCAAGCCGUAAUGUUCCUCCUCUACUUUAUCGCCUACCUCAGCGUGCUCACCUAUAUACCUCCAGACAAAGUCAGUGACGCCCUCCUGACCACUCACUUCACCAUCGCUCUCAUCACACCCUCUGGAAAUCUGAUUCGAGCCCUCUUUGUCGCGCUCAACGUCUUUGCUACCUCCUGCCAAGACAAACCUCACAUCGCGUCCUACCCCGGCCAAAUUGCCCUUUAUGGCGGACCCAUUCUCUACCUCAUCGGGCAAUCAAUCUUCUUCUUCCUAAUCCUCCUGUGGUGGGAUAGUGCCUCCCUAUAUGCUCGCAUCCGCCACAAAUCUCGGGCGCCCAAAUCCCUCACUGAUCCGGAAUCCACCACGGCCCUCGACGCCGACGUGGCAGCUGAAGCGUCUCGCGUCGCCUCCUCGGGUACAACAGACGGUCUUCGCGUCCAGCACAUCUCCAAAUCCUAUGGUCGUAGUAAUCUCGCCGUUGACGACAUAAGCUUCGGUGUGAAGCGCGGCGAAGUGUUCGCCUUGCUCGGCCCCAAUGGGGCAGGGAAAUCCACCACCAUCUCCCUGAUUCGUGGAGACAUCCUCCCCUCUCACUCCUCCGGUGAAAUAUAUGUCGAGAACGUACCCAUCAGUAAGCGUCGUGACCUCGCUCGCACACAUAUCGGUGUAUGCCCACAGGUCGACGCCUGCGAUCAGAUGACCGUGCUCGAGCACUUACGCUUCUAUGCGCGCGUCAGAGGGGUAAGGGAUGUCGAACACAACGUCCAGUCCACUAUCCUCGCCGUAGGGCUUGAGCCCUUCCAGCACAGAAUGGCAGCCGCCCUCUCCGGCGGCAACAAGCGCAAGCUCUCCCUUGCCAUCGCGCUCAUGGGCAACCCUUCGGUCCUGCUCCUCGACGAACCAUCCUCAGGCAUGGACGUCUGCGCGAAACGCGUUAUGUGGCGUACCCUGUCCUCCGUGCUCCCCGGUCGAAGCCUCUUGCUCACAACGCACAGUAUGGAGGAAGCGGACGCGCUGGCAGAUAGGGCGGGCAUCAUGGGGAGGAAGAUGCUGGCGAUUGGGACCAGCGAGGGCUUGAGGAGGAAGUUUGGAGAUCGGUAUCAUGUCCAUCUCAUCAUGAGGGGGGCACCGCAUACGCCCGAUGCGGAGAUGGAGAGGAUCAAGAGCUGGGUGGGCAGCGAGUUGUUGGGUGCGGAAGUGGAAGAGAAGACGUUCCAUGGACAGCUGCGUUUUAGUGUUCCUGCUCACUCUGACUCUCGGGCUGCAAGCUCUGAGCAGGAGAGUGAGAAGGGCAAUGACGAAAAGAUCCGGCCAGAAGGGAGUGUGAAGGAGAGUGGGGGGAUAGGUCCUCUGUUCACUCUCCUCGAAGCUCACAAGGAAGAGUUGGGUUUUGAAUACUACUCGGUCAGUCAGACGACGCUAGAUCAGGUGUUUCUAGCUAUCGUGGGGAAGCAUAAGAUUGAGGAGGAGAAUUAUGGCAGCGCUAAUGAUAGGAAGAAGAAGGCGGGUCUAUGGGGUAGAUUUGCAAGUGCUAGGGGAUCAAAUUAA